GGCGCAUUCUGCAUUCGAUUGAACAUACUUGUUUGAAGAGGUUUGAAGUAUAUUAAUAUAAACAAAAACAUUUCAGUGCUUCUAAACAUUUUUACAUAGCCCAAAAUAUAUUGAAUAGACCAAACAUAAUAUCUGUUUCUUGAAAAUGUCCAGUCCUCCAAAUUGGUUUACUAUUACCGAUGGACUCGCUAAGACUGUAGCUUUCUGCAACGAAGGGAUUACCGAUGAAUGCUUCUCGAACAUGUUGGAAUAUCUUUUCCGAACAAUUGAUAACUCUAGCACCGGCGGAAACCAGUCGCAAACUGACACGGAAGCCGAACUGGAAAAUCUUCGCGCAGCUACCUCCCAGCUCAGCGAACAGGAAUUCAAGCUGACGAUGCAAUCGCUUGCCUAUCUAGUGAAACGAUCGCUUAAGUUCAUGCUAAAACCAUCCAGGAUGCAGACUGACUUGCGAAAUCACCUUCAGCUGACGGAAAACAAGAGCAACUGCUUCGUAAAGCAUUGGAUCCAAUCGACGAAAAUUGUGCUCGAUGCACUGGCCACGGCAGACGACGACGGAAGCUCCAACCAGCUGGAGGAUGUUUCGUGGAAGGUGCGGGCACAACUUUCCUCCGAACCACGCCAAAAGGACAAACUAGCCCUGGGCCAGUUGGAGCUGAAAACCGGCAGCAGGACUAUCAAUUUGGAACUGAACAGUGCUGAAAUUGUGGAGUUCUACAAUCAGCUGGAACGGAUACAGGUGGAACUAGACGCCCUGAAUGCGAAAGCUUAGUAAAUGGAAUGGUAUCGAAAUAG